UCGAAGUGACAACAUCAUCUCAGAGACAUUUCUGAAUACUUUGAAAAAUAAACCUAUAAUCUCGAAAAAUGGGCGUAACACAAUCUGUGGAGAACAUGAAGAGCAGCGAGGAUACCACUGUGGCGGCUGCAGGACCUGGCGGCAUGUGCUGCCUCUUGCCACGCCCUCGUCUGAGGGGCCUGCUCACCAAGAUCCAGAGGAUCCUGCGCCACAAAGUCAGCAUCUCUUCGAGGAAGCACAAGAGCAAGACCAGCAAGCUGAGCCGAUCCCGCUCCAAGUCGAACCUACUGCGCACCAUGCCCCGGUGCUCGUCCUUCGGAUCCUGCGGCACCCUUCUGACUGCCGCCAAGGCAACUGGGCUAACCACCAUGGACCGGCAUUACGCCCAGUGGAAGUGCAGCUUCGAGCACUCCGUCGGCCUGGAGAAGCGUCCGCUCCACGACAUCAGCGAGGCCAUCGCCGGCCAGGUCACACCACGCGGCUUUCCCUCCCACACUGACGCUCGCCGCUGUCUCAUUCCCGAGGCGGAGGACUCCAUUCCCGAGUCGCCGCUGUACGAGGCGAAGGUGCGCCGCCGCCUCAGUCUGCGCAUUCCUGUCCAGCCCCGCCUCCCAGUGCGUCGGCCCUCCGCCCGUCAAAAGGCCGCCCAGGCUCGCAUGGAGGCUCAGAUCCAGAAGGAGCUCUGCGACCUGGAGGACUACUACGGGGGCUUCCACUUUGCCCAGCGCAACGAGCGCUUGGUGCGCAUCUAA